AUGGCUACCCAUGAGACAAUGGCAACCAAUGGAAACAGUGGGAUCAGUGCCGACGAAAUCGCACUCUACGAUAGACAGAUCCGGCUCUGGGGCGUGAAGGCGCAGGAACGAAUACGCAACGCGAACAUCCUCCUGGUCACUCUCAAAGCUCUCGGGAACGAGAUUGCGAAGAACCUCGUGCUCGCAGGAAUCGGAACUCUAACUAUCGCCGACGAUGGGGUUGUGCGCGAGGAGGAUCUCGGUGGACAGUUCCUCGUUACAGAGGAAAACCUCAACCAAAGUAGAGUCGAGGCUGCUGCACCACAAAUCCGCCAACUGAAUCCUAGAGUCAAGCUCAUCGUCGACCCCUCCAGCAUCAAACUGCAACCGCCAGUGUACUUUGAACAGUUCGAUCUUGUCAUUGCCACGGAUCUUGACUUCGAAACUUUUUCUACCAUCAAUGCUGCCUGCCGCGUCGCCAAUCGCCCUUCAUACAUGGCUGGCGUCCACGGUUUCUACGGCUUCAUCUUUGCUGACCUGAUCAGCCAUACCUUUGUGAUUGAGCGUGAGAAAUCAAACGUGGCCCCGCAGACAAACGAGACACCUACACGCACCGUGCUAGAAGUCACUACUAAGGUCGAAAACAACAAGACGAUCGAGAUGGUCACCAAGCGAGAGACAUACACUCCUUUACUGCUGGCGAACACCUCCCCCUUGCCAGAGGAAUUUACCCGUCUACCCCGGAAACGCAAGCAAGUCACACCCUUGCUCACCUGUCUCCGGGCUCUGUGGGAUUUCGAGCGCCAACACGGUGUUCCGCCAUCCUUUUCCCGCCAGGACCUGGAAAACUACACUCGUCUAGCGAAUGAACGCCAUCUAGAACUUCAACUCGAUCCUUCAACACUUACAGCCGCGGUCCUGCGAUCAUUCCUACAAAAUGUUGGGAGCGAAAUUAACCCCGUAGCAGCGUUCUUAGGCGGGAGCCUGGCCCAGGACGCCAUCAAUGUGCUCAGCCAAAGAGAGCAACCACUUCAGAACUUCCUUAUUUUUGACUCUGAGAAAAGCGUUGCCCCCGUUUAUUCGCUUCACCCGUUCUUCCCUGAUACUACCAAUGGUCUUUAA